CGUAAACUAUAGAGUAAAGUCAGAGCUUUGAUUAGAAUGUGUAAGCCGUAUUUGUGACAGUAUUUACCUAUCGCAUUAAGCGAAAACAUGAAGGAUGAUAUUGCCUGAUUUUAUACAAGUGUGUGCAAUCUACUUGGUGGCUAUUCAACGUGCAGAGUCUUGCAUGGAAACAUACGCUAAUAGUGGCGAUGUAAACGUACAACUGAUUUUUGAUUUCCAUUGGAAUAAUAUUGACAAAAGUACAAUAUUAUGCUACAAAGGAAGAAAAAACAUCGGGUCGUGCGAAUUUAAGUUUGGAAAUGCAUUUUGCUUCACAGACGGAGAAGUUUCUAGCAUCUACAACUUGUCUUCCAAAGAAGACUAUACGAAAGUAAACAUAAAUAUAGCUUUAAUCAAUAACAAAACUGCAGGGGAAUAUAGCUGCUACACAGAAAAGGACGUUAGUCAGAGGACGUCUAUAUGCAUACACAUAUUGGCGAACCUCACUUCAUUGAUGUUACUUCCACAGGCCAACGUCACAUAUCCGGUAUACCAAGAGCAAUCUGUGUUCACCUGCAUAACAUCGCAAAGCAGACCAAGUGCACGUAUUCACUGGUUUGUAGCCGGACGUAACAUUACCGGCAUGGCUAGCUAUUCAAACAGCUCUGAUGUACCUACCAGCAUUCUUAAAUACACGCCUUAUUCGAUUACCGGCGAAACUUUAACAUGUACGGCCUAUUACUUCUUCAAAUCAACGAACAUAACAAUUCAAAGAGGAACAUACAUGGAAAUUCAAUACCCUGUAACAAAACCCGUUAUUUUAAUAAAUAACAGCAAUGUUUACGAAACAGUAUUACUUAGGGAAGGAACUUCGGCUGAGUUCAAAUGCUCCGCUUCUUCAUAUCCGCUUCCAAGUUACCGUUGGGUCUAUCCAGGAGGUUUAUCUGACAUGAAGACAGUGAUAAUAAAGUUUAAUCGUACAGCAAAUGGUGGAACAAUGACAUGCAUCGCAACAAACAACUAUCAUUCCCUAGAUGGAACAGUACAAAUAAAGUCAACGACAUUUGAUACAGUUAUUACAUUAAAUGUAACAUAUCCUCCUUUUAUAGUUAGCAUCAAAGAUAUGGACACGAGAAUUAAUGUCGUUGAUAACAUUAUCCGACUUCUUAAAGGAGAUUCACUGCGUUUACUCUGCGAAAGUGUAGCAAAUCCUCCAGCUACCACACUGUGGCAAGGACAGCAUUGGCAUUCAAAUAUUCUGACCACCAGAAAUAUUCAGUUUGAUACGGAAUGGACAUGUGAAGCAUUCAAUAUCUUAGACGGUUUGUUAGAAACAACAAACAGAACUGUACAUGCCGAAGUAUUAUAUGGUCCAGCCAAAAUGAACAUCACGUACAACAUUUUGCCAAACAUAUCACAAACUGGCACGGUAUUAAACGAUGGAAAUAUAACAGUGAUAGAAGGAAGUACAGUGCAGUUGAAGUGUUCUGAUUCAAGUUCGCCACCCUCAAAAUAUUUUUGGGACAACGGACUCGACGGACAAAUACUCAAUAUAUCGAAUUUAUCACGAACAACGAACACAAGCUACAUGUGCAUUGCGACCAAUAUAAUGGAAACCACAUUAAACGGAACUGUUACGGGCAGAAAAAAUAUAACACUGCAACUUCAUGUUUUGUAUGGUCCUCGCAAUAUGUCAGCAGUAUUCAAUAAUACGUUUGCGAUAAACCGAGUACUGUGUGUCCUUGAAGGCUGGUCAUUUGUACUCUCGUGCUUUGCAAAUAGCCAACCAGCAUCAAAAAUGUCCUGGACAGGCAUUACAGCCAGGGAUGGCGGAUCUUAUGUCUUUAUUAACAGCGUUCACAUUGGCAUAAAUAAGAGUGUCACAUGUACAGGGACAAACACCAUGGUCGACAGUCUAGGAAACAGUAUUUCCAAAUCAGAACACUUAACAAUUGAACUGAAUGUUUUAUAUCCGCCAGUCGUUCUGCCUAUUGAAAACCAACAUGUUGUAAUCAACAUGUCGCUUUAUGUUGUUUGCAAACUGGCAAAAUUCGGCAAUCCAUCAGACACAAACUUCACUUGGAACAAACUGGACAGUAAUCGCACAUUCUUAAAUACAGGCGACAUUUUUAAGAUCGAUCGUGCUCAGUUGUCAGAUGAAGGUGAUUACCAAUGCCUGGCUACAAAUACCAUGCAUGCAAUUGGAAACAAAACAUUACAGGGAUCUAGUAAAUCCCAAUUCUUCCUCGAUAUUCAGUAUGGGGCAAGAGUAAAACAAUUUUAUGCAAACACGUCAAAUAGCAGAACCAUUAUUAUUGAUCAAAAUCAGUCAAUCGAACUCAUUUGUGAAGUCGAUGGUGAUCCAUAUCCUAGUGUCCAUAUCAUAAAUGCAACAGGUGAACAACAAUUAAAGCUCAACGGAUCAAUAGCGUCAUUUAAAAAAAUUACAACUCGUAUUCAUCGAUUGAGAUGUGAAUAUGAUGCUGGCAGGUAUAAAUGUGCAACAAACAACGUGCACACUUCAACCCUGCAGGAGCAGAAUCUCUCUAUUUUGAUUCAAUGUUCUCCGAUAGCAUCUCCGUUUGCACCGCCUGUUACAACUCUGCGCAGGGCCCUUAACGACACAGCUGUGCUAACGUUCACCAUAAAGGCGUACCCAGAGCCAAGUGUAACCAAUUUUACUUGGUUCAAGGGUGUAUCUGAUGGAUGGGAUAUUCUAUCUCAUGACUACAAGCAUUACAAGAUAUCCGUUUCGCAAGACGGUUUGCAGACUGAGUUAACAAUAAACAAUGUUCAGAAGGACGACUUUGGAACAUAUCGAGUGGACGUGUCGAAUACAAUCGGUUCCGUAUCUGAAGUAUUUACACUACAAGCCCAAACUCAACCUGAAAGCCCUCAAGAAGUGAAUGUGGUACGAAGAGGAAUUACUGAAAUAGACCUCGAAUGGGUACCUGGUUUUAAUGGCGGAUUACAACAAACGUUUAUAAUUAACUACACAGACACACAUUUUGAAAUUUGGAAUGCAGUACGUGUACCCGUCGAUAGAACAACGCAUACACUACGCGGAUUAGAGCCUGAUACCACCUACACAGUGAAAAUGCGAGCAGAAAACAUAAUUGGAAACUCUACUUGGACUGAUUAUAUUACAAUAUCGACGUUUGCCGAAAUUGACGACAAAGGAUAUGUUUCAAAAGCUAUUGGUGGUUCUAUAGGUGGUUUGACAGUAACUUGUAUUAUCGUAACCGUCAUGAUUAUAUUUUGGAGACGUAAGAUAAAAGAACAAAACACACAAAAAACAUGUAAAUACGAAGACCUUGGACAAUAUACAAGUAAAUAUGGCAAUACAACCGAAGGCAGUUAUGCAUCGUACAAUUUUGAUCAGCUUCAGGUAAACACUGAUGGAAGGCUUACUGAACUAGAGAUGCAAGAAUAUUUGAAUAUACCGCACCAUGUUAAUUUGAUACAUACCAGGACACUUUCCGACGACAAUAUUAAUGCAUCCUCUAUAGAACAAAAUAAGUUCGGCCAAGAAAUGGAAUAUGUUAACUUGAAACUUUCAAGUUUAUAAAAGAAAAGCUUGAAACAAACACCGUGCAACAAAACUAUCGACAUGUGAUUAUUAAACAGCAUUCUGUUUUUUUUUAAAUAAUACGACAUGGUGAGGAUUAUGUAUAUAAUUUGCUAUUUGAAUUGCUGUUGAUUUCAAUUUAAAUUCAAUUUCAUCAAUACUUUUUCAGAUGUGUAAUUACAAAAUAAACAAUGAACAUAUA